AUGGAACCACGCGACCCAAUCAUCACGCUGAACGUCAAAAAUUCAGCUGGUGGCACUGAAAGUUUUCACGUUCACCAAGGUGUCCUUUGCAAAAGCUCAAAGUUCUUUCAAAAUGCCAUGAAGCAGGAGUGGACUCGCUUGAAAGACAAACCCAGUGUCAUCGACCUUCCUGACGAAUGCACGGAAACGGUGAAAAUAUACAUUGAAUGGCUAUACUUGGAUAAAAAUCCUAUCAAGCGUCAUAAAAAAGGCAAAGAAAUGCAAGCAGGUGACUCGGAAAAGAUCUAUGUCUUGCUUGCGAAAGCAUACGUGUUUGGAGAAAAGAUUAUUGAUCCGAAGUACAAGAACGAGAUGUUGAUAAACAUAGAAAGUAUCAGCAUUAUCUACAAAGGCACCCCUUCAAAUUCUCCGCUUCGGCGUUUGCUUGCCACAGAGUUUGGAUUGCGGCUAGGCGAUAAACCCCCGCUGAGCGACAACCUGAAUUUUCUGGAUACAUUUCCUAAGCAAGCACUAGUAGAUAUAUUGAAGGCCACAGUCAGAGAGCGCAAGUCAAAACCCUGGGAACUUUUUUCUAUUAUGCCUUACCUUGGGGAUGAGAAAUCGUAA